ACCACGGGACAGGCGCACUAGCGGGCGCCCUACUCACAAGGGCGGGUCCUGAGACCGGAAGUCGGAAGCCGGAAGUGGGGCUGUGAGGACGUGUUCCGAGGAAGCCGCAGGCCGGCUCGGCCGGCGUCAUGGAGCCGCUGUACCAACAAACGCACAAGCAGGUUCACGAGACCCAGUCUCACAUGGGACGCCUGGAGACUGCAGACAGGCAGUCUGUGCACUUAGUAGAAAAUGAAAUCCAAGCAAGCAUAGACCAGAUAUUCAGCCAUCUAGAGCGUCUGGAGAUUUUGUCCAGCAAGGAGCCCCCUAAUAAAAGGCAGAGUGCCAAACUCCGUGUCGACCAACUCAAGUAUGAUGUCCAGCACCUGCAGACAGCCCUCAGGAACUUCCGGCACCGGCGCCAUGCCAGGGAGCAGCAGGAGAGACAGCGAGAUGAGCUUCUGUCUCGAACCUUCACCACUAACGACUCUGACACCACCAUACCCAUGGAUGAAUCACUGCAGUUUAAUUCCUCCCUCCAGAACAUUCACCACGGCAUGGAUGACCUCAUUGGAGGCGGGCACAGUAUUCUGGAGGGACUGAGGGCCCAGAGACUGACCUUGAAGGGGACUCAGAAAAAGAUCCUUGACAUUGCCAACAUGCUCGGCUUGUCUAACACAGUGAUGAGGCUAAUUGAGAAGCGGGCCUUCCAAGACAAGUACUUCAUGAUCGGAGGGAUGCUGCUCACUUGUGCAGUCAUGUUCCUUGUGGUACAGUACCUGACAUGAGCCAGCUGUACCCAGCACGGAAUAGCCUUCCCACUGUGUGCACAUGUGCAAGCAGGAAGUGGGCUGGGAGGCCACCUUUUGAAAUGUAUGCCUUAACUGUGAAGACACCCCUCCCCCCAGGACUAAUUGUGGCUUAGUAUCAAACCUGCUUUGUUUUCUGUGACAUCUGGGGAGUGGGAACUGGGGUCACCAAGAUGUGUGGUGCUUAGGAAGUGGGUCAAGAUCCUAUUAUCUGGUUCUCACUGGGGGAGGGAUGGGUGGGUUUUGUGGUCUGUCCAUACAGUUAAUGCUUGCCCUGGAAAGCCUGCAUGGUGACGCUUGCACACAGGACUGUCCACACUGGUCAUUCCUUGUCAUCACCCGCCCUCUGUGGCUCCUGAUGGGUGGGCUGGGACACAAGUGAGAAGAUGAGGAAAGAAGUCUUUCCUUGUGCCUUCUGGGAUAGAUCAGUUCUCACAUCCUCUAGCCACUCCCUAGUCCCAACCCCUAAGAAAACAUGACACGUAGGUGACUAACUGCUAACACCAGCACACUUCCCUGGAAGCAGCUACUCCAGGGAAGUGGAGACAUUGGAGUUGCUGCUGAUAGUGUAAGCUUUUCCAUGCCACGGUUACUGGGUGUUUGUCCUUCCUGAGGUGAGGCCAGCAGUGUUCCUGGGGAGUGUUCAGUCUGGACACAAGUCCUGAGUCACCAGUGUUUUUCCAGUUAAUACAGCAAUUGACUCUUACAGUUGAGAGACAGUAGCUUGGCACCUCCACCCAGACUUCAGUGGGUGGGCCUUUGCCCCUUUGAAAGUAGCCAUGAGCAAAGGGUGAUUUAUAAGCUGCAGACUUAUCUAGUUUUGCCAUCUCAAAUUCCUGUGACUAGCUCUCCUCUCCCUUGAAAUAUAUUAGCAAUAUAUCAAUCCACUAACCCUCCCUGUUCCCCAGCCCUUGUAGGCCACCCUGGAGAUGUCCCUGGUAAGUAUAUCUUUAUGAGACUGUUUCAGGGACCAGGUCAUUUUUACUUUGCCCAGCCAUGAUUAAGGCUAUAUCAAUACCUGGUGUAUUGUAGAAUUUUUUUUUUGAAAAAUAAUAUAUCUUGAGCACACUUAUUGUGCUUAGUCUCUGAAAGUACCAGAAAGAUCUAGUGAUUUUAUUUGUUCUCUAGUCACAGACCCACCCAAACAAUCCUAAACUUAGUAGCCUCAUGGUGGGACAAUCAGACACCCAGAAUUCCUCAGAACUGGAAACCUGGUCAGUAUUAACCCUACCUUUGAUUGCCCUGCUUAUCUUUGCUUAAGUGCCCUCUGUGCCAUGUCCCUCUUCACAGUGUGUGUUACAUACCACCUCUCUCCUAUUGAGUAGCAGCGUUGGUCUCUUGGGUACAUCUGUGGGAUCCCUUUGGGGAACUUUAUCAGCAGUCACACUUUUAACCUGUCUUUCCUGGGUACUAAUUUCAGAUUCUGGUCAGAUUCAGCGUCUGUUGCUCCUUCCGCUCUAGGCUAAAUGGGCCCUCAGUGGCCAGGAAGUAAGGAUCUGUGACUCCUCUAGGGAGAAUUGAUAAUUCUGUGGAGUGAAAACAAUGGCCCCGAGAGGAGAGAGGAAGCUUGUAGCAUCUUCAGACCUAGGUCUCACUUUGGGGACACAAAUUGGCAUGAGCUACUGGCUGGCCAUAAAAUGGAGUUUAGACUGCAUAGACCUGACUGCCCUGCCCCCUGGGCACCCCACAAUCCCAUCAGACAACGUGCUUUGGAAGAUGCACAAGUUAAAACUUGAGCCAUUUGGACUCAAAAUGUGGGCAGCAAAAGCUCCCUGCCCUUUGCCCUUCAGUGAUGGUUGGGACAGUGUUCCCACACUUGUCUUUGUAGUGCUCCUUGGCUUUGAUAAACCUGAUGUUCUGCCUUCGCAGCCAGGUCUCCCUAACUUUGGAAUAAAAGUUGCAGUGGGUGGGCGUCUUCACUACCUGGGAGUAGAGAACAGUAGUAGCCAGAGGAUCUGGAUGCUGAGGGCAUUGAGCUGGCUGCCUCACGGCUGCCCUCCCUUGCAUUCCCAUGCAGUACCUUGUGAGAUCACCCCGACCUGACUGGGUACAACUGUCCUCAGUGGUGGAAAGGGCCAGAGCCGGAAUGGAUGCCCUCUAGUGGGGUAAGACUGAGUUCUAGCUGCAGCCCAGCAGGUGGUGUGUGCAGCUUGGUGCCGCUGUGUAAUAGUAUACAUCUACUUAAUACAGGCGUGAUGUAAAGCAGGUAGGGCACCUGUAUUAAAUAGAUGUAUAAUCCAUGUGUGGCCACUUUAAGGAAAGCAGAGCCCAGGGACCAAGUAAGUAGUCUAGGUUUUACAGGUGUGCUCCAAGCUUUCUUGAAAGCCAGCUUGCCCUGUUGAAUUUAAAUCGCUUUAAUUGGCAAAUUAUACUUACACCCCUUGUUUUCAGAACAUGUCAGCUGAAUAAAGUUGAGGUUUAUUUAGAAAACUUUAA